AUGAAGGGCUUUGCGCUGCUCCCGGACUAUCAGCAUGGCUCUCAACGUCCCAGGACUGAUAGCCACCAUCAUAUUCUGACGCUCAGGAUCGGCAGCUGGGCUUCCAUCAAAUCCAAAAGGGAUGAAAACAGGUCUCAGGCAAACCAUGCAGACAUGGCCCUGCUGGGGAACAGAAAGAUCAGCUUGGGCAUCUUCACUACAACCGUGUUGACUUUUACCAAUGUUUUCCUGCAGGUGCGAAGUGGUCAUGUUGCUCCGAUCUACAUCAUCAACCUUCUCAUUACUGACCUCAUCCAGCUCUGCUACAUGAUCGUUGAGAUGGCCACACCUAAAGAUGUGGAAAUACCUGUCAUCUUCUUUAAUAUUUACUUCUUUGGUCUGUUUGCCAGUGUUUACUUCAUGGUCUGCAUCGCCCUGGAAAGGUAUUUGGUCAUCGCCCACCCGCUGUGGUACCGCUUCAGACGAACUGUCAAGAUUUCUGUGGGAGUCUGUGUCCUGGUCUGGGCCCUUUCUCUUGUCUGUGUCAUCCCUUUAUAUUUUUGGAAUGGUUAUGUGACCGCACACAUGAUCUUUGCUGUUGUCCUCCUUCUUCCCUUCGCACUGUUAAUCUUCUUCCUGGUUGGGACCCUCAGAGCCCUGUCUGCUGCCAUCUCUGUCCACUCAGAUGAAAAACGACGAAUUGUGGGAAUUUUGGUUCUGGUGCUGCUUAUUUACACACUGCUGUUCCUGCCCACCAUCAUUGGGUUACUGGCAUUAAACGUGACCCUCUUUAAACUGUCUGUCUUAUUUGUUAGGUUGAGUCCUCUUGCAGACUUAGUCCUUUAUUUUUUCAUGAGGAAAGGGGUCAUAGACAAGCUUUUGGUCUCUGUGUGUUGCUGCAGAAUGGACAGCAAUGAUAUCAGCAGU